AGAACACGAAGAAAUACGAGGGCAAAUGAUCAAGUUCGCAGUUCGAAGAUAAAAAAAACGAAGAACGAUUCAACAGCUCGUCCACCAAAAUCCCUAAACAAAACACACCUAAAUUUGAACAAUCCCAUAAACAAAACCCAUCGUAUCUUCUUCCUCAUGAUUCCUAUUUCUUCUGCUUCGAAUUUUCCCUCCUUCAUUCUGAUUCAGCUUCUCGAGUUGGAAUCCAUCAAGAUUCCUUUCUUUUCCUGUUCCAUCGACCAAAAUCCUUCUGGUAGGCCCGCUCUCGCACGUCACGUCUCGCCAUGGCAUGGAGAAGCCGACACGGCGUGGCCAUUGUUCGCCAGUUCUAAAAGGAGAAGAAAUCAGUUCGAGUUGGAAUUUUCUACACUUGGAAUUCUGUUUAAUCAGUCUAUGACACGGACGGAAAAGCACCAAAUAGAAACAAAUUCAGCGGCGAUCAGGAUCAGCCCAACGUCAAACCGUAACUCUCCCGUUGAUUCCAUGCGUUCCCGUUCCCAAACGCUUUUCUGUUACAAAAUUAAAAUGAAGGAUGAUGAAGACGACGACCUAUGAUAACUUCUGGUCAUUGGGUUCAUUAGUUUGAUUAGAUUGAAGGUUCUCGAUACCAAAUAAUGGAAGAGAAGAGGAAUUUAAAGCCUAUAUUAUUAAAAUUUGGGGUGGUUCUGGCUAUUUCCUUUGCUGGUUUUCUCUAUUCCCGCUUUAGAAUCAGGAAGAAAAGACCUCGUCUGCCUCCUCCCUCGUCAAGUUCUUCAGAUCAGGGCAAUAAAGUUGACUUGAGUAGAGGAAGAGGACCUAAACUUGAUAAUCAAGCAAUAAAGGAAGAGAUGUAUAUACCAAAAGUUAAUGUUGAUGAUUCAAAUGUUGGUCUCUGCCCUAGCAGUAAGCGUAGUGUAGAUAAAGAUGGGUUGUUUCUCCCUGAGCUUCAGGAACUUGUCAAGGAAUCUGAUUUUCCUGCAGCGAAUGCUGGGUUAUCUCAUGAGAAGAACGUUGAAGCAUUGAGGUCGGGUCUUCAAACUCCGAAAGCAUAUAACAAUUUUGAGACGGAUGACUAUGAACAAGAGAUCAGGCACCUCAAAAGUAAGGUGAAAAUGCUUCGAGAGAGGGAGAGGAACCUUGAGGUUCAGCUACUUGAGUAUUAUGGCCUGAAAGAGCAGGAAACUGCUGUCAUGGAGCUCCAAAAUAGGUUGAAGAUUAACAAUAUGGAAGCCAAGCUUUUCACCCUCAAGAUCGAGUCCCUUCAGGCAGAUAAUCGAAGAUUAGAAUCACAAGUUUCUGAUCAUGCAAAAUCAGUGUCUGACCUUGAGGCUGCAAGAGCAAAAAUUAAGUUUCUCAAGAAAAAACUCAGAUAUGAAGCAGAACAGAACAGGGGACAGAUCUUAAAUCUUCAGCAAAGAGUUGCUAAGCUGCACGAUCAAGAAUAUAAGACAAAUGAAAGUAAUAAGGAUGCCCGAAUUAAGCUGAAAAGGAUUGAAGAUUUGGAGAAAGAGGUAGAGGACUUAAGAAACUCGAAUUUGAGAUUACAAAUAGAAAAUUCUGAUCUGGCUCGGAGAUUAGAUGCUACCCAAGUUCUUGCAAAUUCUAUUUUGGAAGACCCAGAAGUAACCCUUCUUGCUAAAGAAUCCCUGAAAGAAGAAAGGGAGCGUCUAGGACAAGAAAAUGAAAAUUUGAUGAAGGAGAUUGAGCAACUUCAAGCUCACCGGUGUGCAGAUGUUGAAGAGCUAGUCUAUCUUCGCUGGAUUAAUGCUUGCUUAAGAUAUGAGCUGCGGAAUUAUCAGCCCCGACCAGGGAAAACAGCGGCAAGAGAUCUAAGCAAAACGUUAAGCCCCAAAUCUGAGGAGAAAGCAAAGAAGCUCAUACUCGAAUAUGCAAAUACAGAAGGAAUUGAAGGGAAGGGCAUCAACAUUAUGGAUUUUGAUUCAGAUCAAUGGUCAUCCUCCCAAGCUUCCUCUCUUACAGAUCAGGAUGAUUCGUAUGUUGAUUUUCAAGCAACAACAAAACCAAGUUCAAACAAAAUCAAAUUCAUAAGUAAACUCAGGAAACUCUUGAAGGGAAAAGAUAGUCAACAAAACCAGGCUCUGUCAGCAGAAAAAUCUGCUGCAUCCAUGGAAGAUAGUGAUUCUCCACGUUACAGUUCGAGUAAUUCUACCGGCACCAAUGCUACGAGAGCCGAGGGACAGGGUAUCGGAUCUGCAAAUUCAUCUCAGAGUUCGUCGAGACAUUCAAUGGAUUUUCGCAGAUUGAGUAGCCAAGAGUAUGGAAAACCUGAAGACUCUGUUAGAAGGAACAGUGAUGGUGGAUACACUAACAAAAGACUUGUUUUAGGUAGCAACCGUAUGAGCAACUCGCCAUUUAAAACUCCUAGUCCGGAUACAGAAUCUUCUGAAAAGUCUGAGUUGAUGAAAUAUGCUGAAGUUUUGAAAGACUCUCCGGGAGCAAAGAACCGGUCGCAUAGGAAGGGUGCUGCAUCCAUUGAUUCGUACUGAACAUCACGAAGCUUGUCUGCCUUUCCAUGGCUUCAUCACCUGUUCAUAUGUGUAUUUUAGCUAAGGGGCCGAGUAUUUAGUGCCCAAUAUACCAUACCGUUCACAGGAGGUAGGUAGAAACUAAUUCCGCUGAUACCGUUCUAUCAGUGACUUAUGUUGUAAUGUUACUUGUACUAUUAAAUUGAUCUUAUCAACUUUCUCUAGCCAUUGUGAGGAAA